UCUCCCAAGUGCAAGCUCGUUCCAAAAGCAUGACCAUUCACUGCACAUGGGUUUUAUUUUUCAUAUUAUUUGAUUUAUCUUUGUUUCCUGUUUGAGAGAUGGGCUUCAGACCUCCUCUUCCUCUGUCCUCUUGCUAACUGGCUAUGCCAACAAAAACCACCUAAGAAGGCAAAGGGCUUCAGGACUAGACAUUUUGUUGUGGAAAUUUGGCUCGGGUUUUUCAGCUAGACCAAGCAUCUAUUCCUCAGCCCCAGGGAUCAUGGCCAAAGAUGCUGGUCUGAUUGAGGCCAAUGGGGAGCUGAAGGUUUUCAUUGAUCAGAACCUGAGCCCUGGCAAAGGUGUGCUGUCUUUAGUAACGGUGCAUCCACAGUCAGUGGUGGUUGGAAAACAGCUGUUGCCAAAAACACUGGGCCCUUCCAACGUGAACAUCGCACCACACAUGAUCAUUAGCACACCUCAGAGACCCAGUGGCUCCAAUGUAAUCCUAAUGAACAGCCCACACACACCCAGCUCUCAGUUUAUCACCCAGAGUCAAGCAUCGGAAGCGUCUCCGUGGUCCUCGGGAAAGAGGGGUAAGAAGGGGGAGAAGAAUGGGAAAGGCCUCAGACAUUUCUCAAUGAAGGUUUGCGAAAAGGUCCAGCGGAAGGGUGUCACAACCUACAACGAGGUUGCUGAUGAGCUUGUGGCUGAGUUCAGCUCUGGUGAUAAUCAUAUCUCCCCUAAUGAUGCGCAUGUGUAUGACCAGAAGAACAUUCGGCGGCGUGUGUACGAUGCACUCAAUGUGCUGAUGGCCAUGAACAUCAUCUCCAAAGAGAAAAAAGAGAUCAAAUGGAUUGGCCUGCCCACAAACUCUGCUCAGGAGUGCCAGAACCUGGAGGUGGAGAGGCAAAGACGUUUGGAGAGAAUCAAACAAAAACAGUCGCAACUUCAAGAACUCAUCUUACAGCAAAUUGCCUUCAAGAACCUUGUACAGCGGAACCGCCAGAGAGAACAACAGACGAAAAGGCCCCCACCUGCCAACUCGGCCAUUCACUUGCCAUUUAUCAUCGUAAACACCAGCAAGAAAACAGUCAUUGACUGCAGCAUCUCCAAUGACAAGUUUGAGUACCUCUUCAACUUCGAUAGCAUGUUCGAGAUUCAUGAUGACAUUGAGGUGUUGAAGCGCAUGGGCAUGGCUUGUGGUCUCGAGGUGGGCAAGUGCUCUGCUGAGGACUUGAAGACUGCCAGAAGCUUGGUGCCCAAAGCACUGGAGCCCUAUGUCACAGAAAUGGCACAGGGGCCUAUCAGUAAUGUCUACAUGACAGGGGCUUCGUCUGUUAACGGAGGCCGCUAUCAUGUUGGGAGUGACGGUGGGGCAGACGGCACGAUGGCCUCCAGUUCAAACGACUCCCACUACAGCGGCUCUCGGGUGGAGACCCCCGUCUCUUACAUGGGUGAGGACGAUGACGACGAUGACGAAUUUGACGAAAACGAUGACGAGGACUAAGCCCAGUCCUCGUUCAGCCUGUCCAAUCGUGCACAAGUUCUUCCAGCUGCCAUGUCCGAGGAUUGAUCAACCACAUCGUUCUUUUUCCUCUUCUGCAACUCACCCUUUCUUUCACUCUCUGCCUGAGAAGGGCAUUGAAGAACACGGGCUUUAAUAGGAUGAGUUGUUUUCAUCCUCGUCUUUCUGAGCUCAGGACAAGCCACAUCAUCACAGGCUGUGUGCUUUGCCUGCUGGGAAUGAUAGUUUUCAGCUAAAGGACUUUACUGAAGUUUAGAGGUGUCACUUUAUUUCCUGUCGCAGCGUUCCUACUGGAUGUUAUCCGCUCUGAUCUGCGUGACCCUCUGAAACCUUCCCUCCCGAAGAAAACCCCACUUGCGUACAGCCGUACAGCGAGCUGUUGGAAAAUGUUGUGUGAUCUUUGUGUGAAGUAGUUCUCUUCUGUUUUUGAAUGAUCUUUUUAGUUGUUGUUGUUGUUUUUGAACUUGCUGGCUUGAUUUGCAUUCUGAUGAUUCGGAGACUAAUGAAUCGAUGAACCUACAAAGCCGGCUGCUAUUUUUUGCCCCAUGUGGAGGGCAGGUCUUUGGAUGUGUGGACUCUUCGUAUGCUGACCUGAUGAUUUCUUGCAGGCUUUUUUUGUAGAAUCUCUCCUCCCGUGUGUGUUCUGCUCCUUGGCGUUCUGCAGAGCGCUGCUUUUUUGGAGGACUCUGAGGAGUCAGUCUUUUUUCGUUUCUUUGUUCUCGUUUGGUUUCCGAGCUUCAUAGGCCAACCUGUCCUAGAGACACUGGAGGACAUCGGAGAAACUUAAGUACCUUAAAGCAAUUACAGGAAUAUAAAAAUGCUUUGUUUCUUAACCACAUGAUACCAAGAUUUGUUUCUAGUGUCCUCUCUCCGCGUCAGUAAUACAUUGAAGCGUGUAAGAUUAUUGUUGUGUAUUAAGAAGAUAUGGGCUUUAGGUCUCUCUCGACUUCCCUUUGAACAUUUCCUUUAAAAAAAAAAAAAGCUGAAUCCUUGUACCGACUCCUCAAAGUAACUUUUCUGUAAUCUAAUAUAAGUUUCAAAUUUAAAUAUAAAGAAUGUUUUAAGAAUCGAACUCGUGUUUAUUUGCGACACUAAUGUAAUACUAAUAAUUUCAAUAAACUUUUAUUUUAUAUA